CAGGGCCGAUUCCCAAGAUGGCGGCCCCCGGCUUGCUGCGCGGUGGCUGGAGCCGGCUGGUCUCUGGUCUCCUGGGGCUGGGGGGCGGCUGGGCCCGGCCUCCGGCCCGCGCGCUCCGACAGGUUGUGGAAGUUACGGAAGGAAGUACAACUGUUAUUGAGGGCAAAAUUAUAGAAGAUGUCAAAACCCCAACUCCUCCUAACCCUUCUGGUCAGUGUCCCAUUUGUCGCUGGAACCUGAAGCACAAAUACAAUUAUGAGUUGGCUGUCUCUAUCUGCCCUCUCCUAGGGGUGGGAUGCAUCUUGGAUGUCUUAUUGCUGAGUCAGUUCAUCCGUUCUGAUGGAGGGAUGCUGCCCCGUAGGAUCACAGGUCUUUGUCUGGAGGAGCAUAAGAAGGUUGCAGUGUGUGUACAAAUGGCUCACCGAGCAGGUUUGCUGCCAAACCACAGGCCGCUGUUUCCUGAAGGGCAUGUUUCCAAGAAACCCAAGCUCAACAGGUAUCUUACCCGCUGGUCAGUCAGAUCUGCUAAGCCCAUCUGGAAGAGAGGCCCUAAGUGGUGCAGAGUCCCCUUUCGUGUUGGACACCCCUUGCUGAUGAAUAACAUCAACUAUAGGCAGAGGCCUGUUUAUUUAAAUCACUGAGGCACAGAGGAACUUGCAUAGCCAGUGGAUCACAGCUCUUCAGGCUACUCUACCCUUGUUCUGAGUUUCUCCACCCCAGCAACACUCUGAUUCCAAGCAUCUCUCCUUUUAGCAUUCUGCAUUGUCUCCAGUGAGCAAGCAACCAUCUGCUCCUCUGGGGACAUGCAGGAUUCGUCAUCAUUGCCUUCCUGUGCAGGUAGAACAAGGGCUGACAUUUGACUAUCAUUUAAAAGCAGGAAAGGAUCGGAUCAUUGCUUCAUGACGACCCAAGAGGGUUUUUGCAGCAGGAAGCUUUAGAAGGAGAAUACCUCUCAGAUCUGAUCUGUCAGUGGCCCAAGCCCUAGAACCUUUGACUCUGAAGAAAAGUUCUCUGCUCCCUACUACCUCAUCAGGAGUGAUGGAAAUUGUGUUAAUCAGUGCUGAAGUGGAAUAUUUUUGUAGUCUGUAAUGACCUUAGUUUGAGGCAGAAAACACAUGACAGUGGCAGGCAGGCAUUUGGCAUGAUGAUUGUGUCUCACUAUGUGCCUGUUAGGAUUACUUACUGGGUCCCUGUAACCCCUGUGUCUGACAAAUACAAAAUACAUUGACACCCUUAA